UCGUGUGCGCUCGCGUCAGCCAGAGGUCUGGAACGGAAACCAAGCUAGCAACGUGAAUUUAGGGUGUUCGAAGAUGCAAUGUUGCGAGUUGCAAUACCACCUCGAUCGUCCUGUCUGGUCUGGGAACAUUCACCUUCUAAUUGGAAUUGCUGAUAGCUCGGCAGCCGACCACAGUACUUAAGUUACGAUGCCGGACGAGAUCGAUCAAGAGCAUGAAGUCUUUCUGGGCGAUGGAUGUGAUACGCUAUUUGGCGAUCAAGGGUAUCUUCCGGACGUCUCUGAGAUCAGUUAUGGACCUGUCAGGACCGUCAUUCCCGAGGCGGAGGGAAAAGCUUUCACUCAGCUUGCCUCGCAGAUAUUCAACAGCGGGCUCGUCAUGACGGAGUUGGUAGAGCUAGGCAGGGUACCGUUUGCUGGGAAACGAAUAUUGGAGAUCGGCGCAUCGACAUCUCUGCCAACUUUACUAGCGAGUACGUCGGAGAAUCCACCAGAGAGGGUCUUGACAACGGAUUAUCCCGACGAGGCGUUGAUUAAGAAUUUGCAGAGGAAUGUGGAUAUGAACCAGGCUUUGGCUAGGUGUCCUGUACAAUGUAUGCCCUACCUAUGGGGAGCCGAUGUCGGCCCAUUAAUCGCGACCCUUCCUGAGCCGGAGAGAAAGUUUGACCUGUUCAUCUCCGCCGACAACCUCUGGCUACACGACGAACAUGACAAUCUCCUCCACACAUUAACGAGCUCGCUAUCCGAAGAUGGUGUGGCAUUCUUCACGACCGGACACUACGCCAAACGGCCAGCGGUAGAGAACUUCUUCAAGCGGGUCGAAGCGCUGGGAUUUGAAGUAGAAGAAUUGCAUUACGGGGACAAGUGGGAAGGCAAGAUGGAGGUCAACCUCGGAGCGGGCAGACUGAGGGGAGAUUUGGAUCUGAAGAAGGCUGCGGUGUGGGUGUACAAGGCAUGGAGGAAAGGUAGCGUUGCUGCAUAGAUGGUACUAAGGCGCUCUGCGAUCAAUAACAAUGCUAAAUAGUGACAAUAUACACGUCAUUCUAUCGCGUCAUAGUUUCUUGAUAAGCUUCUGCACUUCGGUCAAUGAGAUUGUAAACAAACAUGAGCUCGACAUCGAAUACAACCCGGUCGA